AGCGGCAACUUUGUAAGUGCGGAGAGGGAGGUGACUGUCUAAAUGCUGAGGGUCCGCGGGCGCGAGCUCUUGCUGGGCCUGGCCGUAGCGGCGGUGGCAAUGGUGGGAGCGUGGUUGAUGGGCUGGUGGAUUCCCCGCUCUGGCUUCCGCCUUUUCAUACCCGAGGAGCUGGCCCGCUACCGCGGCGGCCCAGGGGACCCGGGCCUCUAUUUGGCGUUGCUCGGCCGCGUCUACGAUGUGUCUUCUGGCCGGAGACACUACGAACCUGGAGCCCACUAUAGCGGUUUCGCAGGCCGAGAUGCAUCCAGAGCGUUUGUGACCGGGGACUACUCUGAAGCAGGCCUUGUGGAUGAUGUAUCUGACUUGUCAUUUUCUGAUAUGCUGACCCUUAAAAAUUGGCUUUCAUUCUAUGAGAAGAAUUAUGAAUUUGUUGGAAAGGUGAUAGGAAGGUUCUACGGGGAGGACGGGCUCCCGACCCCAGCACUGACCCUCGUAGAAGCCAUGAUCGUCAAAGGUUUGGAGGCAAGUAAACAGGAAAUGAAAGAGAAGCAGAAGUUUCCACCGUGCAACACUGAGUGGAGCUCAGCCAGGGGCAGCCGGUUCUGGUGUUCCCGAAAGAGUGGAGGUGUCAGCAGAGACUGGAUUGGCGUCCCCAGGAAGCUGUUUAAGCCAGGUGCCAAGGAGCCCCAGUGCGUAUGUGUGAGAACAACUGGCCCCCCUAGUGACCAGCUGCCAGACAAUCCUACACACAGAAAUCGUGGGGACUUGGACCACCCCAAUGUGGGGGAAUACACAGGCUGCCCACCCCUAGCCAUCACAUGCUCCUUCCCACCCUAA